AAAACGGCCAAUUCGUUUAAAACCAAAAUAAAUAAAAAAGGAAAAAAAAUCAUAUAAUUUCUGAAAAAAAUAAUCACCAUUCACGAGGGAGAAGAAACAACACCACCACCCAACCAAUGUUUUGUUCGUUCUUCGUGAAUAACCGAACGAAUACUGUGAUCCAUUUCCGUUUGGGUCAACCACCUCUACAUUGCAAAAAUCAAAUUCUAUAAACGUCGUUUUGAUCCAUUUAUAAAAGCUGUUUGGGUGCAACACAAAUUUUAACCCGCAUUACAAAAUCUUCAUCCAAACAAAUCCUUUACAUCCUCAUUCAGAUCUCGCCGUUAGUGCGGAAUCUGAACGUUGAGGUAGAUCGUAUCCACCGUUGAAAUGGACCAGUUGUCGGCGAUCAGCGAGGAUCUGGCGGAGAUCGACGGACGCGUCGCCGACAAUUUCCGCGCUCUAUCAAAUGGAUUUCAGAAGCUGGAGAAGAUUAAGGAUUCGAGUAGACAGAGCAGGCAGUUGGAAGAGCUCACGGAGAAAAUGCGGGACUGUAAAGGGCUUAUUAAAGAGUUUGAUAAAGAAGUCAAAGCUUUGGAGGCUAGGUUUGAUAGAGAAACAACCAAAUUUUUGAAUGAGAAAAAGCAGUCAAUGAUCAAAGAGUUGAAUUCAUAUGUUGCUUUGAAAAAACAAUAUGCUAGCAAUAUUGAGCAUAAGCGAAUUGAACUCUUUGAGGGGCCCAAUGAAGGUUACACAGAAGAAAAUGUCUUGCUAGCUUCUGCAAUGUCAAACGAACAGCUAAUGGAUCAUGGGAAUAGAAUGAUGGAUGACACAGAUCAAGCCAUUGAGAGGGGAAAAAGGAUUGUUCAAGACACGAUAAAUGUUGGUACUGAUACUGCAGCAGCUCUUAAGGCUCAGACAGAACAAAUGAGCAGAGUUGUCAAUGAGCUGGAUUCUAUCCAUUUCUCCAUAAAGAAAGCAUCUAAACUGGUCAAGGAAAUCGGUAGGCAGGUUGCUACUGACAAGUGUAUUAUGGCAUUACUUUUCCUCAUUGUCAUUGGAGUAAUUGCUAUCAUUAUUGUAAAGCUUGUGCAUCCAGAAAACAAGGACAUUCGCGACAUUCCAGGAUUAGCUCCUCCGGUCAUGAACAGAAGACUGCUAUGGAAUCACAGUUGAUGAUAUAAAGUGAAUAUUUUGAUGAGCUUAGACAAGUGACGACUGCUUUGGAGACGCACAAGGAUUAAAAUGAACAUUGUGAUGAGCUCAUCAAAUUGAUUUCGUGCAAUUUGGUUUGAUGGUGAUGAGUGAUGACAAUGGAUGCAGCUAUUGCUCGAAACAAUGUUGCCAAUAAUUGUGUUGUUACAUAAUAGUGGGUUGAUUGGUUGGCCUCAAGCAUGAUAGAACAUUGAUCUAAGCCUGUACGUUUGAUUAUUUUUCUUGAACUGAAUUAUUUUUUUCUCAACAGAUUUUUAUCUGUUGAAUCAUAGGGAAAGCUAAACAAACGAGCCCUCUGGGAUUGUUUGUUGAUUGUAUUGUUUGUUGUCAAUCUUGUAAGUUGUAAUAUACGGUGGCUUUUAUUUCCGUUCCUUGAAAUAUAUAUUUUUUGUGACAGAUUCCUUAAAAAUAUACUUGAUGCUGAUGUUA